CCCAAUAUAAUUACCGCAUUAACGACUUUUCGGCGGUACACCAAGCGACUUCAUUUCGGCCGAUUGCGUUUGAUCGAAUCGACUUUUUCUUCCUUAUCUAUAUCAAUGAAUUAUUAAUGAGUCAACCCGAAAAACUGUAUAAAAGCAGCGAAUUUUUUACAAGUUUUCAAUCGACGUCUAGCUUUCGUGCACAGUUCGAAACAUCGAUGGAAGGACUACAAUCUUUUGCCAUUUGGCUCUUUAUUUUCGGAAUCACAGGAAGUCUCUGCCAUGCGCAGAGCAAUGUGAUUGAGAGCUAUCCAAGUCUUUCCGGAGAAAUACAUACCGAGGUGGGAGUUGAGAAACACGAGCCCCUUCGGCAGAACGAUGCGCUAAAGCCUGGAGCAACAUGGAAGUCACGCGUCACCAGGUAUGUUCCACAAAAUCCGGGUACACAUGAGCAUCCCACCGCCGAGGAAAUGCAACGUGACAGAGAUCGAGCGCAGCGACAAAUGAUCCAGGAUGCAGUUAGAUUUCACAGCGAAAGAGUUGCAAGUGCCCAGCUUCGAGAAGAAGAAGAAGCUAGAGAAAGGGGAGAACGAGAAUUGUCAGAAAGAAUAAGAAACGCUGAAAACAGUCGUGGUAAUAACAAAUCUAAAAAAGUUUCAAAUUCCAAAAUUAAUCAAUCUGCAAAUUCGAAAACUCGUCAUAGAUCAAACACUGUCAAAUAAUCAAAUAAUCAAAUCAGCAAUUUGAAGAAAAUUGGAAAACGAAAACAAAAACGAAAAUGUUUAAAAUACAAAUGUUUAGUUAGACCAUUUCAUUCAGAAGGAAACUGAAAAUGGCUGACAUUGAAAAAGAAUCGUAAAAACAUAGUUUAUGUGACAUCCUGUACUUCUUCAUAAAUAUUGAAUCAAAAAAAGAAAUUUAUUACUCAACUAAUAUAAAAUAAGGACACAGCUGCAUGAUUCGUUGGGAAAAUUUGUAUGAUUAAAAAUUUCCAAUUUAUAUUUUG